GCAUAUCAGUUUUCAUUCGCUCUUCGGCAAGGAUGGAUUGCCAAAGUUACGAUGACUUAAUCAGCGCGUCAGCGUGGAAACUCCAAGGGUGUCGAGAGUCGCAUAUAAAUAUGCGAAGUAUAUCGAUAUACCCCCCUGUUUCUUUGAGCAAUGGCUUCCUCAACCAUGUAUGCGGUGGGCGUAACAGAGUACGGUCCCGUCGAGAACUUACGCUCGAUGGAAGUCCCUAAGCCUUCAAAACCCACGGGUCGUCAAAUGAUCGUCCAGGUAAAGGCCAUCUCGGUUAACCCGAUCGACAAGAAGGUCCGCGCUGGCACUUACGACGAUGCCCCUGACUAUUACGAGCGGGUCAAGUCACUUACACAAGAGUCCCCACAUUUACAUAUCACUGGCUACGACGGUGCCGGCAUUGUUCUUGAAACGGGCCCAGAUGUGAAGUACUUCAAGCCUGGCGAAGAGGUCUACUACCUUGGCAACCCUAUCUUUCAAGGCUCUUACGCUGAGCAGCUGAUCGUGGAUGAGCGUCAUGCCGGCCACAAGCCAAAGUCUCUCGACUUUGUCCAGGCCGCAGCAAUGCCGCUGACUUUCGCAACCGCAUAUGAGUCUCUCGUAGACCGCCUGGACAUUAAAAAAGGCGAGAAGGCCGGCAUCCUUAUCAUCAACGGCGGCGGCGGUAUGGGAUCGAUCACAUCCCAAGUAGCGCGAUACAUCCUCCAGUUGCCUAUCGUCAUCACCACGGCCUCGCGACCCGAGACCGUCGAGUUCUCCAAGAAGAUGGGCGCCACGCACGUGGUCAACCACCGCAAGGACAUCGUGCAGCAGAUCAAGGAGCUUAACCUGCCGGCCGACGUCCCGCUUAAGUACGCGUACAUCACGAGUCGCACAGAGCAGUACCUGUUCCCGAUCGCGGACGUGCUAGCGCCGUUCGGCAAGGUGUGCAGCAUCGUGCAGGCCCACUUCGACAUGUACGGGUCGCAGAUGAUGAGCAAGUCGUUGACGUUCGUAUGGUGCUGGGUCGGGACGGGGCCGUAUCACCACUACUACAACGACAGGCAGGAGAAGCACCACGAGUGGUACGAGGAGCUGGCGAAGCUGCUGGACCAGGGUGUUAUCAAGUGCCAUUUGAACGAGCGCUAUAAGGCUACGGCGGAGGGCAUCAGACAGGCGCAUAGGAGGUUGGAGGCUGGAAAUGCGGUGGGUAAAAUUGGGUUGGGGGUUGAUGAGCCUGGAGAGGGGAAGGCGUUUCAAUAGAUGAUGAGAAAAAGAGUGAAUAGGGAGAAAGGGAAGGUUGUAUAUGGAUUGCGGUGGCAUUUUGAUACCUACCUAGUCAAUUACUGCUUCUAAGCGUCCUAUGGAAUUGUAGAAGAAACGAAUUAUAACAACUCAUAUUUUCUUAUUUAUACGUUGCUUCUUAUUCGGAGUUAUAGAGUUAGUUAUUGUGUGAAAUAUUUGUAGUCUCAUCAA